AUGGAUCCAGCAGCCAACCCAGCCGUCCUACUUCCAGACAAGCAACCCACACACGACCCCAAAUCCCACCCACAACCCGAAGAAAUAUGGCAAGGACUCCAGCGCACCUUCUCCAGAAUCACAGGCCGUUCCACACCAGCGAGCGAAGCCAAACUCCCCAGCUACCACGAGGUCGAAAUCCCAUCGCCCGGAGACGCACAGUCACAGUGCACAGGACGCACGGCCUCGGAUUCCGACGAGGAGUCUGGGGUCCCGAUUGUGGAUGCAGAAGACGAUUUUCCUGAAGGCGGGCUGCGCGCCUGGCUCGUCGUGGCGUCGGCCUGGCUUUUGCUGUUCCCCUCGUUCGGCUUCAUGGUGUCGAUUGGGACGCUACAGGACUACUGGGGUCGGCAUCAGCUGUCUUACAUGAGUGCGCGGGACAUUGGCUGGAUUCCCUCUGUGUUUGUGUACGUGUCGCUUGCGCUUGGGAUCUGGGUGGGGCCUUUAUUCGAUCGGUAUGGGCCGAGAUGGAUUGCGUGUACAGGGAGCCUGGCCUUCUUACUCAUGAUCUUUUUGCUGGCCGAGUGUACGGCGUUCUGGCAGAUGGUGUUGUGCUGUGGGGUGCUUGGGGGGAUUGGGGGAGCCAUGUUGACGACGACGAGUUUGGCGGCGGUGGCACAUUGGUUCAAAGAGAGAAGGGGGUUAACGCAGGGAAUUGCGAUGACGGGGUCUUCGUGUGGAGGGUUGGUGAUCCCUCUUAUGCUGCGGACCACGCUUCCAGAGUACGGCUAUGCCUGGUCUCUUCGCAUCUUGGGGUUUGUCUUCUUGUUUUGCUUCAUCGUUGGCAAUGUUUUGAUCAAAGCACGUAUCCCGCCUGCGGCAGCUGCGAAAAAGGCAAUCAUCUCGCUAUCUAUUUAUGGCGACCUUCGACUCAGCCUCUUCACCAUGUGUGUGUUUGGCUUCGAGAUUGUUCUCUUUGGCGGCUUGGGCAUUCUCCCCACAUAUGCCACACUGAGCAAAAACUUCCCUCCAGACACGGGCUUCUACCUCAUUUCAGUUCUCAACGGUGUCUCAUGUCUGGGUCGCCUGCUCCCCGGAUAUGCCGCUGACAAGAUUGGGCGGUUCAACACGUUGCUAAUCAUGAUUGUCUUUACACUUGUCUGGAUGCUGGCUCUAUGGUUACCCCUAGGUACGACGUCGCUAGCCGCCCUAUACGCAUUCGCUGCCUUAUUUGGCUUUGGUACUGGAUCCUGGAUGGCGCUGAUUCCCGCCUGUCUGGGGCAAUUAUGUCGUGCAGAUGAAUUUGGGAGGUACUAUGGGUCGAUGUAUUUCGUUGCCAGCCUGGCAUCACUCGUAUGCAUUCCCGUUAGCGGUGAGCUGGUUGAGACCGUUGGACCGAAGCCUAUGGUUGCGUUCUUUUGCGCAGUUCUUGGGCUUAGUUUAGUGAGUUUCUUGUUCAGUCGAUGGGCAUGUCUGGGAAGGCGGUGGGUCGUGAAGAUGAAAAUCUAA